AAUAGCUCCAGUCUUGUUACCACCACCCCACUUGCACCGCUUGUGUUCCUUGAGUUUCCUGGGGCCCAAUUUUGUUUUGUACAACUUCAGAAUGAAGCUCUUCAUCGGGGCACUGAUUCUGUGCUUGUCUCUGAGUGGAGGGAAAUGCACCGAAGAAACUAUGCAGGAUACUGCCAUUCCCCCACCUCCACUGCCAGAGGAAAGCUCCUAUUCUGACUGGGGGAUUGGGACCAUCCGGGAUGGCAUUGAAGCUGUUAAUAGCUAUUUUGACUUUGUCUCCGAGCUGUUAGGAGGGAAGAAUGGAGUCUGUCAAUACAGGUGCAGAUAUGGGAAAGCUCCACUGCCUAGACCAAGUUAUAAAUCUCCAGAACCCAAUGGCUGUAGCUCCUAUUUCCUGGGUCUCAAGGUACCGGAAAGUCUUGAUAUGGGCAUCCCAGCCAUGACUAAGUGCUGCAACCAGCUGGAUAUAUGUUAUGAUACCUGUGGGGCUAAUAAAUAUCGCUGCGAUGCCAAGUUUCGUUGGUGCAUGCAGUCCAUCUGCUCUGACCUUAAACGUAGCCUUGGUUUUGUCUCCAAGGUCGAAGCAUGUGAAUCAGUAGCGGAUACGAUCUUCCAAACGGUCAGGACCCUGGGCUGCCGCCCCUUCAUGAACAGCCAAAGAAGUGCCUGCAUCUGUAAUGAAGAAGAACGAGAUGAAUUGUGAAAUGAGCAUCAGGCUGUUUGAUAGUGUGACAAUGGUAGCUUCAGGCAUCCUUUGUUUACAAGAGGCUUGGUCUUCUAUCUUCUGGAACAGGUGCAAGUUUCUUAGCUGUGGGGCUUGGGAAUAAGCUUCUUGUGACCACAAAUGCAUUAAUUGCAGUUUGUCAAGUGAACAUGAUUGAGAAAGCAAUUCCAAAAAGCAAUGGAAUUGCUUGGUCUGACACCCUAAUCUGUUCCGAGGUCUGACACCCUCAUCUGUUCUAUCCGAUGACUUCUGUCCACUUCCCAGAGCAUCUGCUUGACUUAGAGAUGACGCUUAAUGCAAGAAGAGCAUCUGAGAUGUGUGUGAGCAGUCCAGACAUAAAAGAAGAUCUAGAGGCUGCAGGAUGACACUGAUAAUAGUGCACUAAUUUGCAGCCAAUAUACAUAUAUAUUGAUUUUCACCAGAUACUGUUGCUUUUGCUUUUCAAGUGAAACAAAACCAUGGAAAUCUGACGUUCCUGGAAAAAGAAGUCCAUCAAUAUUUACUAGAUUACCAAGUACAGUACUCAGUUUGACACAGAAUAUGAGGUUGUGGGCAUCUGCUUGAAGAUAAACGAGAGAAGAACACCAAGAUCAGAGUAUGAAGUCAUUGCAUAAUACUCAUUUUAUUUUCACUAGAACAUUGUUCCAGUUAAAGAGAAAAAAUAUGGAUUAUCUUAUAAUAAGAAAAAGGUAUAAAUGGUACAUGUGUAAGAAAAAUAUGAAAUGCAGAGCAUUCUAAACUUUUAUUAAAUAACAUAUAUAGUUUAAAAUAAUAUCAGAGAUUGCAAGAAACUUCUAGAAUCAUUCUAUUCUAAUUCUAGAAUAGAAGUACUAGUAUUCUACAACUUCAAGUGGCACAACUAUAUAUAUCUGAGACACGUAAAACUCUUGGGCCCUCACGAUUCUUUUUCUAUACCCUCCACUUUAAAAUUGAAGCAUUCUGAUAGAUUGCCCAUUGCUCUCUGAAGAAAGGAGAACUGACAUUUCUUCUCUGAACAUAACUUAAUGGAAUUAAACUGCCUUCUGAUGAGAUUGAAGUAUUUGAAGCUGCUUUUUGUACUGCAGCAACUGGGUUUGCGUUGUCCAACCUUUUACAUCAGAUGGAUUGGUUCUUUCUCACAAUCCCCGCAAGAAAACUUUCCCCUUCCUCUGUUUUUGCAAUUCUGUGAGAGAGAUGCUGUCUAUCAGGAAUGUUUCAUUGGAUCCCCAAAUUCUUGUUAUCGUUGUACACAGCAGUAUCAUAGCAUCCUGAUGAAAAGUAUACAAGCGGCAAAGGUUUUUUGAAUCAAGAGGGAGAAAGAGAAAAUUUGCAUGAAAUCAGCUCUCACAUGUGAGAAUAUGAGUUUUCAAAAAAUACAUAUUUAGCAAGUUAAAACUUGUGCAAUUUUCAGCACUGUAAAUAUCAAGAACUUUUUUCCAAAGUUAUUUUUGGGGGUGGGGGCAGGGGUGAUUACAGACAAUAUAGACUGAUGCAUAGUUUCUUAAAUCAGCAUGGAGAGCUAGCAUAAAUAAAGUCAUUGGAAGACAUUUCCUGAUAAUUCCAUAAAGAAAAAAAAGGGGGGCAAGAAAGAGAUAAUAGUAAGCUGUGCAGUGGUAGCAACAGAUUUCCAAACUCCGUAACAGUGAAAUCUAUAAAAUUUUCUGGAAAAAAAUGUAUUUAAAUGUCCCAAUUUUCCCUUUAGCAAAUUGAAUAAUUCAAAAUUUAUCCUAUCAGUUUCCAUAGCUGCACAGCCAAGUUUUACAGUAUGAAUUUGGGCAUGCUGAAAACUUUAUUAAUCUGUGCAUUAAUCUGGGAACAGGAAAGUUUUCAACCCUUGUAUGACCUGCAAAUCACCAUUCUUUUCCUUCCCAUUUGCAAGAUUUUCUCAGUUAUCCCUGAGAACACUCUCACCAUCUGUUGAAGUGCUAAGAAAGCAUUCGAAAUGACUAGUGCUCCUUCCACACAACCACAACGCUGACUACCCAAUCAUCACUAACAUUUUUCUACCACUGCUUUGCAAGAGUGAUUCCCUUCCCUUUGCUGCAGCUGGCCAAUGGGGGUAUAUUAACAUUUGCUUUUCGUGGGGUUAGGAUUCCCCCCCCCCAAAGAAACUUAUUAUUCUGCAGUGGCACAGAGAAAACAUCUCUCAAAACAGCCCCAAAGUAGUAGAGCAAUAGUGCAAAUUAUCACAAAACCUUCAUUUCAGGAGGGGAGAGAAAAUCUUAGGAAUGGGGAGGCUGGGGAAGAUAGGAAUUCCAAAUGGGAAUUGCCUAUCUCACAGCUAGGGAGGAGGACACAACUGUCUUUGCUGUGUCUCCUUUAGAUCAGCAGCCAAUUAACUUCUGAAAUUAAUUGACUCAGAAGAAAAGACUGCCAGGAGCAUCAAAGCAUCGGGAGGGCAUACAAGGACAGUGCCUAUCUGAGAUCAGUAGGGAAAGGUCCUCGAUCCAUGAAAUCAUAAUUAAGCCUAUGAGGAUUUCAACUCUUCAGAAAACAAUCCAACAAACAAGCAUGACAAUUUAAUAUGUUGACACAUUACUGCCACAGUCCCUGUCCCAGCUGUUAUCCCAAUGUCACUACAGGCAUACCUCGUUUUAUUGCGCUUCACUUUAUUGCGUUUCACAGAUAUUGCGUUUAUCAAACAGCAUUGCAUGCUACAGAGAAAUCUUCCGUGAAAGGAAGAGUCAGUCGAUGGAGAAAUUGUUGCCUAAUCUUAAGAUUUUUUUAAACUAAGGUAUAUGUACACUGGGGUUUUUUUUUACACACAAUGCUAUUGCAGACUUAAUAAACGAUAGUCUAGUAUAAACAUAAUUUUUAUAUGUACUGGGAAACCAAAAAAUUCACGUGACUCGCUUUAUUGCGAUAUUCGCUUUAUUGUGGUGGUCUGGAACCGAACCCACAAGAUCUCCGAGGUAUGCCUGUACUGCUUUACAGAAACUCAGGAUUUUGAUAUGUAUGAAGAAUUAUUUAGAUGAAUACAAAAAGGGGUAGAGCUUCCACUGUACAGCUGUAGCUCCAUCUUGACUUUUUUUGAACCCCUUCCUGCGGAUGUCCGUGCAUUUUUGGCUGUGCUUUGAAUAAAUCAUGUCUAAUUGGA